AUGAAGUGGUGUUUAGUAGAUAUGUCUAAGAAACUGGAUAAAGCUUUUAAAAAGCAUGGAAAUCUGAAAAUAAUAGAGUUCUAUGGCUUGAAGGUGAAAGAGUUAUAUUCUGCAAAUAAAGCUUUUUGUCAUAGUAAUUCAAAAUGUGAAUAUACUUCUAAGUCUUGUGAAAAAAGCAGUAGUUGUGAUGAUAAGUUUGCCGAAUUUCGAGAUAUUGAGCAAUCUAUUAACAACAACGUUGGUUUUAAUAAAUAUGGAGUGGCUAAUGAGUUUGGCAAAUCUGGAUGUAUUGAAACUAAGUUGAAUGUGCAUUGUGAGGGUGGUCAUAAGGAAAAGUGUUUAGAUGAGGGUAUUCCUUCUUUUAAUUUAGGAAUUGAGGAUGACAUCUAUACUCCUCCAAAAGUGAAUGCAGGUGUUGAUAGUUAUAUUAGUAAUAAUUCUGUUUCUGUUGGAAUAAGUUUUGCUUCAGUUAAAGGAAAUGUAAUUAAGUCUCAUGAUAGAAGUGAAAAAGUUAAAAUACUUGAAAAUGAUAUGAUCUCAUCGAGACCAAAGAGAAGUCAAACGUUACCUCCGGUGCUUAGGUCUCCAUUUGUUGUACGAACUGUUGAGAUUGAUAGUAAUUUGACGAAGGAGGAGAAUAUCAAGUCCAAUUGGCUCUUCAUCUUAUAUGGAAAUCCAACGUAA